UGCUCAGAGGAUGUGGAAGUGCCUAAAUAACAGAUGCUCUAUUCAUCCUGAUCCUGGACCACCAGCAUUCAGCAUUCAGGAGGAGAAGCAAUAUGACAAAGCAUCGCUCAUAUUCCUAAAGCAUCCUUACUGUGAACAGAAGAGUCUUGUGUUUCUCCUGGAGCACCUGCAUCAACACCUGCGCUCGGCUCUGGAUGAAGAGGAAAAAUAAUCAGUUGACCAUUAAUAAUCUGAUCCCUAUGUCCAGGUUUCUUCAGCAUGGGCAGCAUUGACUUCGGCCCCCUGAUGGAGAUCAUAGAGGCGAGAGACGAAUGGCUGGAUGAUGAUUUUCCCAGGCCACUUCCUGCAGAGGGUGACAUGGACUCUUCCUGUGGCCUGAAUGAGGGGAGAACUUCUCCCCCAAACUCUCUCCUGAUUGGUGGAGCUGGAGGGGGCGGAGCUCACCGGAAGCGUCGCACGCUGGUGGCCCCGGAUAUGAACUUGUCAUUGGACCAGAGCGAAGGGUCUUUGCUCUCUGAUGACUUCCUGGAUACGCCUGAUGAUCUAGAUAUUAACGUGGAUGAUAUUGAGACGCCCGAUGAGACGGACUCGCUGGAGUUUAUAACCAAUGGCAAUGACCUGGAGUGGGAGGAUGACACACCCGUCGCCUCAGCCAAAGCACCUCCUGCUGACAGCGACGCUGAUGGAGAAGGCGUAGACGGGACUGGUGUCAACGGCCGCUUGUGGAGGACCGUGAUCAUCGGCGAACAGGAACAUCGGAUCGACAUGCAGGUCAUACGACCCUAUCUGCGCGUCAUAUCGCAUGGAGGGUACUAUGGCGAGGGCUUGAACGCCAUCAUUGUGUUCACAGCGUGUUACCUUCCUGAUAGCAGCUGCCCAGAUUACCAUUACCUGAUGGAAAACCUCUUUCUGUAUGUGGUGAGCAGUCUGGAGAUGCUGGUGGCGGAGGAUUACCUGAUCAUAUACAUGAAUGGAGGAACGCCGCGGAGUAAGAUGCCCGGCAUUAGCUGGCUCAAGAAGUGCUAUCAGAUGAUCGACAGAAGACUGAGGAAAAACCUGAAAUCUCUGAUCAUCACACACCCGUCCUGGUUUAUCCGGACAGUCAUUGCAAUUUCCAAACCCUUCAUCAGCGUGAAGUUCAUGAAUAAGAUCCGUUAUGUGCACAGUCUGGAAGAGCUGGAAAAGAUUGUUCCUAUGGAUCAUAUCCAGAUCCCAGAGUGUGUCUUACAAUAUGAAGAGGAAAGAAUGAAUGCUAGAAAGGAGAGAAUGGAGCAGGAACAGACAGAGCAGGAGCAUCAAGAACAGCAACAGAAGCUAAUCAAUCCAGAAAGAACAACAACGGUUGAAGAACCUGGACUCUAAGCUUGGAUGUUCUUGUUGCUGAUCUCAGACUAUUUUUCAUUCCCAAAUUAUACGUUAACACGCAUAUCAGAUGACUCGAAACUGGUCUCAGAUCAGCAACAAAGCAGCAACUGAUGGAAAGUUGACGGGUGAGAAGGCCAGCUGCUCUCGCUUUCGUCCGCAAAAGGCACAAUUUUAAAAAAGCAUCUCGAAAUCCACCAACGGAUGGCACUACGCACAAAGAAACGACGCCGUUAUUGGUAGCAGGAUGUACCAUCGUGCGCUGUAGCCUCUUUGCAGUUAUCGCUUUUUUAAAUAGGCUGUUCCCUGCUUUCUGACCCUUGAGAAUGUCAUGUGACCUGCCUUUAAUUGACGGGUGUGUCCGCUCAGGAUUCGAUCGGUGGUGCAUGUCAAUUUCCAAGCAUCUCUGUGCUUCUCUGUGUGUACACGCUUAAAAUCGAAUGUAACUUUAUGCCAUUUUCGCUGAUUUAUGUUUGCCUGGAAUCCUUUUCUUGGAUGUUUUUCGAAUGUUUUAACCCCUUCCGUCUUGUUUAAUGACCAGCUUUUGUAAACAAUAAGUGCCAGUCAUCUCUAAAAAAAAAAAAAAAAUUGGACAUUAGCUGUACUUUUAUGUUGCCUUAUGUUUGCUAUGAAAAUGGUUCAAAAUUAAACAUUCUGCUAUAUGUAUGACUACAA